AAUCCCCAUCCAAACUCAUAGGAUGUACCUCUGCAAGCGGCUGGAAACCAUUGGCUAUGCCGGCAUCCUGCUCCAGUCAUCCGUCCACUGGUCCAGCGCUCGGCUCCCCGUCCCAGAUCACCCAUCCACGGCAGCCGAUGCAUGGUCAACAAUUGGCCAGGGAGAUCAUCAUCAGUUGACUGGAAAUCCGCAUCUUCAAUAUCCUGCCACAGUGGUCAUGUCCAACGAACAUUGCUCGACGACUAGCUCAUCAUCAAAUCACAAGAGGAAAGCACACCAUCUUUUCUUCGCCUCGGACUAUUCCUGGGCUAACUCGCCCGUCAAAACCACCGCGCAUGAGCUCCCACUCACCCCACCUGUCACCUUAUAUCAUGAGCCUCCAGAUAUAACCUUGCCUGGGGCAAUGGAGCGGGACUCCUCCUUCCCUAACGCCCCCAUGAUCACAUAUCAUCAGCCCCCAGACGCAUCAGCUAGGACAGCUAUAACAAGCUCAAUCCACAGCCAUCUCAAUCCUCACCUCCCAAACUGGGACUUCUUCUCCCUGCCCGAAUACCCCGGUACCUCAGCUGGCACAACGAGCUCAAGUAUAAAGAGGAUAGCCAUCCACCCUUCCGCAGAGCUCGAUUCUUCCUUGCUCAAUUCCCCCGCCGCCAAGGAUGAACAGCGCUCUGAGAGUAAUCUGCUAGCCAAAGAUGACGCGGGAAUCAUGCGUAAGAUACCCUGGAAGAAACGCAAGGAAAGAGAUCAUUACAAAACGGUUCGCAGACAAUUACUAGGCGGCUUGAAGCGCAAGAUUGGGAUCAGGAAUCGGUUUGAUAUCUCGGAGAUAGAACUGUCUAAGUUUGGAUGGAUCCGUACUCUGAAGUAUCCGAUGACAAGCCAGCAGACCAAAACCUCAGUUCUGAUCGAAAGGAUUGCGAGCAGUAAGAUAUGGGGGAGACUCCAGGAUCAUCCACAAGGCUCGCUCGCGAUGCCGGCGCUGCUAGACAGAUUUCUGAUCGGAUCCGGCCAGGUUUCCGGAUCAGAUGUCUUGGCAAGCACACGCGGAUUAGUCGUCGAACUCUGCGUUCGGCAGAUCGACUUUCUGGCGGCAUUCACGACCCCUCAAGCAGAGGCGAUCGUCUCAUCUUCGAAACAGAGCAGAACGAAUCUGAUCCGGAUUCAAGAGAUCGAUAAUCUAUUGGAUUGGUUCUUGGACGAACUCGAGAUGAGCAAACCGUCAACCGGCCCGAUGAUCCCUCGAGCUGAACCGAGCGAACAGUCCGCGGACGAUCUCUCGCCGAUCCAAUCGCUGGUCAUCAACUAUUUGAAACGUGACCUGGGGCAAGAAGAAAGAGGCCCUGAUCAGGGGUGGAUAGCCAAGCCCACCAAAGCCUAUCUCGCCCCACGAGAGGUCUCCGUCCUUGAGGCCCUCGAAACUCAACUGGCCAUCACCAUCUUGGGGAGCUAUUACAAAGCACUCAACCCAACCAAAUGGCACAUCUUCUUCGCCAUCGAUCCCUGGUUUGUCCAUCUUUUCUUAUACCUCAAGGCCUGUGAUCAUCACAACCACUUUCCCAAAAUGUACGCAAACGAACGCAAGUGGGCCGCCUUGGAGCUGUUCCCCUGGCCGGCACCUGUGCACUUUAACUUCAAUGAGAAGGAUCUCCAAGAUGUCGCAGCCUCAGUCCUGUUCAUGUUGAAAAACGUUAGAGUCGACUCCAUCAAAAAACAUCUGGAUGUAAAACUCUAGAUAUUUUUCUCAUUUACUGCUCUUCAUGUGAUCCGAAACU